UUCUAACACGCAAAUCCGCCCAAACACUAGGGCUCAGCAUUCAGCUGUAGCCGAGCUAAGAGGAUCCCAUGGUCCUGCCCCACAGUCUGGGGCUCAUCUUGUGGAGGAGGUCGACGGUUCCCGCCCCGCAAGGGUGCAGGGAAGGGGACGCCCGCACUUCCUAGUGCUCCCUUAGCUGGGGUCGAGCUGAGCGCCCCCCACCGAGCCCCAGGCGGCUCUGUGGAGAAGCCCCUCGGCCCCAGGUUCGGUCUGCACUGCCAGCCCCCAGUCCCCGGCGCACAGGAUCCAGCAGGGCCAGCGAGAAGGCGGGAGAGCUAGGGCCGGGCGGGGAGGGCACCGGCAGGGGGCGCGGGUUCCCAGGACCGAAAAGGCGGAGCCUCCUACGCGCACUACGUGCUCCCUACGCGCAUGCGUCCCGCCCACGCGCAGGCAGCACCUCGCCUGAUUGGGUAGCGCUGCCACGUCCGGGCGGGGAAGAGCGUCGUCGCGUCCGGGUGACGUCUCCCGCGGGCGUCGGCAGGGUCGGCAGAAGUGUCGACGGCAGCGGCGGCGGCGGGUGGGAAAUGGCGGAGUAUCUGGCCUCCAUCUUCGGCACCGAGAAAGACAAAGUCAACUGUUCAUUUUAUUUCAAAAUUGGAGCAUGUCGUCAUGGAGACAGGUGCUCUCGGUUGCACAAUAAACCGACGUUUAGCCAGACCAUCUUGAUUCAAAACAUCUAUCGUAAUCCCCAAAACAGUGCACAGACGGCUGACGGCUCACACUGUGCCGUGAGCGAUGUUGAGAUGCAGGAACACUAUGAUGAAUUUUUUGAGGAGGUUUUUACAGAAAUGGAGGAGAAGUAUGGGGAAGUAGAGGAGAUGAACGUCUGUGACAACCUGGGAGACCACCUGGUGGGGAACGUGUACGUCAAGUUUCGCCGUGAGGAAGAUGCGGAAAAGGCUGUGAUUGACUUGAAUAACCGUUGGUUUAAUGGACAGCCGAUCCACGCCGAGCUGUCACCCGUGACGGACUUCAGAGAAGCCUGCUGCCGUCAGUAUGAGAUGGGAGAAUGCACACGAGGCGGCUUCUGCAACUUCAUGCAUUUGAAGCCCAUUUCCAGAGAGCUGCGGCGGGAGCUGUAUGGGCGCCGUCGCAAGAAGCAUAGAUCAAGAUCCCGAUCCCGGGAGCGUCGUUCUCGGUCUAGAGACCGUGGUCGUGGAGGUGGCGGUGGCGGUGGUGGAGGCGGCGGCGGACGGGAGCGUGACAGGAGGCGGUCGAGAGAUCGUGAAAGAUCUGGGCGAUUCUGAGCCAUGCCAUUUUUACCUUAUGUCUGCUAGAAAGUGUUGUAGUUGAUUGACCAAACCAGUUCAUAAGGGGAAUUUUUUUUAAAAAACAACAAAAAAAAAAACAUACAAAGAUGGGUUUCUGAAUAAAAUUUGUAGUGAUAACAGUA